AUGGCCACGACACCUUGCUGGUCCGCUGCCCGGUGCGCCUCCCCAGUACUGCGACGUUCGUUGACCUCCGAGAUACCAAAGCAAUGGGCCUUCGUAGCCGCAAGAUCUCCCUGCGCGUUCAUCAUCUUCGUCACCAAUACCAUCACUCAGCACACCCAGCUAGGCCAGUGGCAGUCCAUCCAGUACAAAGGCAACCUCCUCAUAUCUGAUCGGUUUCAGAUCCCAAUACAAGUUCUACUCCCACAACAGGAUGGGCUUUGUGCUGUGGCUUUCUUGGAUGAUCACUAUCCUGUACGGACUGCAUUUUCUCUCCUGAAUAAGAGUUGGCCCCUGUCCCGUAGUGCCGACUACGACGAUGACGCAACAGUGGUGAUGCAGUAG